GGCACCCUUAGUAGUACUUAUGCCUUAAUAUUUAUCACGUCAGAGUAUUGAAAUUAUAUUAAUAAAAUUAAAUUGCUCAUCACUUAUAAGGAUCGUAAUUUGAAAUGGCUGGUGGAAAAAAUGCACAAUCUGCACUUCAGCCGGACUCUGAUGUUCACAUAUCUUAUGAAGAUCAACAGAAAAUUAAUAAAUUUGCAAAACAAAACGCUAAAAUGGACGACUUUAAAGAAGAGCUCAAGUUUAAGCAGAAUGAACUGCAAAAUUUGAAAGACGCGUGUAGUGAACUUGAAUUGUUUGAUGAUGAUGUCAAAAUUCCUUAUCAUAUAGGAGAAAUCUUCAUAAAUCAAGAUUUACCAAAAACUAUGACUUGUUUAGAGCAAGCAAUUAAAAAGAAAGAAGCUGAAAUCACAGAAUUAGACGAGAAAUGUUCUACUCUUAAAAAUAUAAUGAGUGAUUUAAAAGCACAAUUAUAUGCUAAGUUUGGAAAUAACAUUAAUUUGGAAGCAGAUGAAGAAUAAAAGGAAAAAAAUCAAGGUUACACGCACUCAAGUCACGUUUCUUACAACAAAAUCACAUUUACCAUGAU